AUGGAACCGGAUAUGUGCCCAGUCUCUUACCCUAGAAACUCCCCUAGUCUGCCUAGUGUCUCUUACCUCUCAACUAAGAAUCUCUUGUCUGAAGGCCCCUUGUCGAAGUUCUGUGUGAAGUUCUGUCGAAUUUCUCUUGCUCAAGGUUUCUUCGAAGAUCGCCUCUCCGUGGUCUCUUCCAGAACCAAAGAAGUCCCCAGUCUCUUACACAAUACCUGCCUAGUCUGCUUGGGGUGUUUCGCCUCUCAACUAAAAGUCUCUUGUUCAGAGGUCCCUUGUCAAAAACUUCCUAUGGAAGUUUUCUUUUCAAAGAUUUCUUGUUCAAGGUUUCCACAACUCAAAGCUUUCCUGAUAUGUCCUGCCUCCCAACUGAAAGUGUCUUGUUCAGAGGUUGUUCUUCAAGGGCCCACUGUAAAAAGUUUCUUGUCGAAGAUCUCCACCCCGAGGUCUUUCGUCGAGUAG